AUGGCCUCCGACAGCUUAGAAGACCCGCGUGUCAGCCCCAAGGAAGCUCUCGAGCUGGAGGCUGCCGCGUACUCCCUCGACGCCCGCCAGCAACGUGCCAUGAUGCGCAAGAUCGACUUGCACUUGAUGGCGCCGCUGUGGGUGGUCUUCGUCUUUGGCUUCCUCGACCGUAUCAACCUAGGCAACGUUGCGGUGCUGGGCAUCGUGCCCGACCUGCGUUUGCAGGGCAACGACUUCAAUAUCGCCGUGCAGGUCUUCUUCGUGCCGUACAUCCUGCUUGACAUCCCCAGCAACAUCUUCCUCAAGCGCUUCACGCCAUCCACCUGGAUCAGCAUGCUGACCUUCCUCUGGGGCGUUGCUUCCAUGUGCCAGGGCUUUGUUACGAACAACGCUGGCCUGAUCGCCUGCCGCUUCUUCAUCGGUGUCUUUGAGGCCGGCUUUGUUCCCGGCUGCGCCUAUCUCAUGGCCAUGUACUAUAAACGCCACGAGUUCCAAAAGCGUUUCUCCCUUUUUUGGGUGGCCGGCCUCGUCGCCGGCGCUUUUGGCGGCCUGCUGGCGUACGGGCUUGACCACAUGGGCGGUCUGGGUGGGUACACCGGCUGGCGCUGGAUCUUCAUUAUUGAGGGCCUCAUGUCGAUCGUUUUGGCUGUGCCGGCGAAAUUUCUGAUCGCUGACUGGCCGGAACAAGCCAAAUUUCUGUCUGAUGAUGAAAAACAGUUCUUGCAAGCCCGCAACUCUAAGGAUGUCGGCGGCGGAGCGCGCAUGGAUCGCCUCGAUGCGGCCGCCUGGAAACGCAUCCUGACCGACUGGAAGAUCUAUGUCGGCAGCCUGAUAUACAUAGGCAUCACCGUUUCCGGCUACGCCACCGCGCUCUUCAUCCCCUCCAUCGUGAACUCGCUCGGCUACUCGGGCAUCGAUAGCCAGGUCCACAGCGUGCCGAUCUGGGCUGUGGCCGCCGCUGUGACCCUGAUCGUCUCGCACCUGACCGACCGCCUCAAGCACCGCGUUGGCUUCGUCAUCUUCGGCGUGAUCGUGGCCAGCAUAGGGUAUGUCGUGCUGCUUUGCCAGGGACCCCCUGGCGCCGCCGGCCUGCCGCCGCGCGUGCGCUACAUGGCCGUGUUCCUCGUCUGCACGGGCACGUACAUUGUGCAACCGGUUACCAUCGUCUGGAUGGCGAAUAACCUGGGCGGCCACUACAAACGCGCCAUUGGCCUAGCCAUCCAGGUCGGUUUCGGCAACAUUGGAGGUAUAAUCGCAAGUAACAUCUUUGUUCGCACAGAUGCGCCGCGAUAUUUUGUCGGAUACGGGGUGUCCCUAGCCAUGAUGAUAUUCUGUGGUAUUAUGAGCAUGGUGUUUGCCGCGGGGCUGCUGAGAGAAAAUCGACUGAGAGAGCAAGGGAAGCGGGAUGAUAGGUUGCAGCUCGAAGACAGAAUUCUGGGCAACAUGGGCGAUGACGACCCUCGGUUCCGUUUCAGUCUUUGA